AAAUCCUGUGUUGUAAAACGUGUCGUCCUACUGGAGAAGCCCUAAAGGGUGCAAGCAUGGAACCGGUCCCCGGCGGCUCCGCCCGCUCGGGUGAGCCCCGCCGUGGAAGUCACACAGCCAGAGGCCGCGCGCGUCUCCGCCCAGGACUCGGGACACCGCCGCGGCCAGGCGGGGAGGAGACGCGGCUCCGCGGCCACGUGACCUCCCCCCCAGCCGGCGACCCAGAUCGUCUGGGGCCGAGCGGGCGGCGGGGACACGUAGCGACCGCUCCGGGCCUUGCUGCGCGCCUGUUCGCGUCCGUUUGGCGUCCAAGUCCCCACACAGGGUUCACGUGUCAUCGACGUUCAUGAAUGUUCCGGAGAGAACGUGACUGUCUUUUCUGUGCCAGAGCAACCGGGGUUUACACGUCUACAUGCACAGGAUCCGCAUCUGCCCUCUCCAUCCCUGACCCCCCGUGCCCCCGCCCCGAGCCUGCUUUGGGGAGGGGGCCUGGCUGCCCCGCUGCGCUUUGCGCAUCCCCGGGCACCUCCAAGCGGCUGUCCCCGGCUGCGACUCCCUCUGCCCGGGGGGCGUUGGGGGAGCGGACUUCAAGAUGCCCCUCUUCUGGGCAGCCUCAGGGGUGGUUCCCCCCCACAUCCUCCUCCCCGCCCCGGAGUCCACACCAGGCCACUCAUGGAGCAGUGAGCAAACAAGUCUCCAAAUUCUCCCCCGCGACUGAAGUUUACCCUCCACGAAUUUCCUUUCCUGCACUGGCUCAAACCAACAGCGCGAUCGGUGGGAAAAGCAAAAAGCCACGUCCACGGUCCUGCACUGUAAGGACGACCGAGUCCCGGGUGCCCGGGCCGCCCCGCACCCUGCCCCCGCGCGCUGCAGCGCCUCCCGGAGGAGGGAGAGCUUGGCUCCUGCCGCGGCUCCUUUCCGGCGGCGCUGUUCAGGUGUCCCCGCCCCCCUCGCGGCCCCUCCUCCCCCGCCCCCCUCCUGGCCGGACCGCGGAUGGUACGUUCCGCACGUGAGCUGGGUGCUGGUCUGGCCGGCGACGCGCG